AUGCCAAAGGAAAAGGGCUACAACCCGGUGCAGGCUCAGCGGAAAGCUGAAAAGGCCAAGGCAAUCAAAAAGGGCAAGGCAGAAGCUCAAGACAGGCGCAACGAAAGAUUAGCGCGCAAGAACCCGGACCGAAUUCAGAAGCAGAUCGAUGAUUUAAAGGCCAUUUCUGCGGGCGGCGGCAAGCUAUCACGACACGAAGAACAGUUGUUAGAGGGGCUCGAGAAGGAAGCCAAAGGGGUAAGGAAAGCGAGAGAGACACUAGGCGAUAGAGCACCUUCAUUUCAUCGCGGCGGCCGACGAGAUGGGGACUCGGGUGUCUUGGGGAAAAGACGGCGCAACUCUGCAGGCUCGAGCACCGACGAGGACGUGCCAGAGGAGGUGCGCAGGAUUCCUAUGCCAAGAGACACGCCACCCCCAAUUCCAAAGGAAGUCCUAGACCAGUGGUACGCGAGACGGCGAGCACGACGAAACCCAAAUGCCGAUGCGAUGCGUGAAGAUAUGGCAAAGAAAGCAGAGGCUCCAAAGACGGAAGCACCUCCUGUCGAAUCCCAGACUGUGUACGAGGCGAAACCUGUUAUGCGAGACCUUCGGCAAGAAGCUGUUUCCGCCUUCGUACCAGCGGCUGUACAGAGGAAGCUGGACAAGGGUCGAGGUCAGGGCGGGCUGACAGAGCCUGAAGAGGCAGAUCGAUUGGAGAAGGAAGGGAAUUCAAAAUCAACCAAAGAAGCGGCUGAGGCGGCUGAAGAUACACAGCAGAAAUAUUGGACUGUGACCGUGGAGGGCAUCGAAGACAAGGACGAGUAA